AUGAUACAACUAAAAUCGAUAUUAAACGUCAUUGAUAAUUCUGGAGCUAUAUUAGCCGAAUGCAUUCGCGUAGCACAUGGAGGACGUUAUGGUCGUAUAGGUGAUCAAAUCACUGUGGUAAUUCAAAAAGCACGACCAAUCAACACCUCUACAACCGGAUCGGGUGCCACGGCGUCAACCACCGCAGCAAAAAUUGCUAUUCGCCGUGGAGAAGUUCGAAAAGCGCUCGUUGUUCGUACACGUAAAGAAACACGACGUGCGGAUGGCCGAUAUAUUCGAUUCGACGAUAAUGCUUGUGUUUUAUUGAAUAAUCGUGGCGAACCUCUAGGUACGCGGAUUUUGGGUGUUGUGGCGGCCGAAUUGAGAGGAAAAAAGUGGGGAAAAGUCAUAAGUUUGGCACCUAAAGUUGUUUAA